UCUCCGCGGGGAGGGGGAGUUGGCGCGUGCGCAGUGGUGGCAGUCUGGUCUCUGAGGCGGGGAGGAGGCGCGGGGGUUGAUCUCCCACAUUUAACGGAGCGGGACGGAGCCUGGCGCUUUUGUGUGCCAGCGCGGGAGAAGCAAAGCGCUCGGCGGGAUUCUUGGGGCGAGUCGCUGCCUUCCGUCGUCUGUGAAGCCUUAUCAACCCCGCCUGCUCCCCGCCCGGGACUACUGAGUCCGGUGCACACAAGAUGGCGGACGGGGAGCUGAAUGUGGAUAGCCUCAUCACCCGGCUGCUGGAAGUGCGAGGAUGUCGUCCUGGCAAGAUCGUGCAGAUGACAGAAGCAGAAGUUCGAGGAUUGUGCAUAAAAUCACGAGAAAUCUUUCUUAGCCAGCCUAUUCUCCUGGAACUGGAGGCACCACUGAAAAUCUGUGGUGACAUUCAUGGGCAAUAUACAGAUUUACUUCGAUUGUUUGAGUACGGAGGAUUCCCACCAGAAGCCAACUAUCUUUUCCUGGGAGAUUACGUAGACAGAGGCAAGCAGUCUCUGGAAACCAUCUGCCUAUUACUGGCAUACAAAAUCAAGUAUCCAGAAAACUUCUUUCUCCUAAGAGGAAACCAUGAGUGUGCUAGCAUUAAUCGUAUCUAUGGAUUCUAUGAUGAAUGCAAACGGCGAUUUAAUAUUAAACUUUGGAAGACAUUCACAGACUGCUUUAACUGUCUGCCUAUUGCAGCCAUUGUGGAUGAGAAGAUCUUCUGCUGUCAUGGAGGACUGUCACCAGAUCUCCAGUCAAUGGAGCAGAUUCGGAGAAUUAUGAGACCCACAGAUGUUCCUGACACAGGCUUGCUGUGUGACUUGCUCUGGUCGGAUCCGGACAAAGAUGUGCAAGGAUGGGGCGAAAAUGAUCGUGGGGUCUCAUUCACUUUUGGUGCUGAUGUGGUCAGUAAAUUUCUGAACCGUCAUGAUCUGGAUUUGAUCUGUCGAGCUCAUCAGGUGGUUGAAGAUGGUUAUGAAUUCUUUGCUAAACGACAGUUGGUCACCCUAUUUUCAGCUCCAAAUUACUGUGGAGAGUUUGAUAAUGCUGGAGGCAUGAUGAGCGUUGAUGAAACUUUGAUGUGUUCCUUUCAGAUAUUGAAACCAUCUGAAAAGAAAGCCAAGUACCAGUAUGGUGGAUUGAAUUCUGGACGUCCAGUCACUCCACCUCGUACAGCUAAUCCACCGAAGAAGAGGUGAAGAAAGGAACAAUGUCAAAACACCACCAGAUCUAUCAAGGACAAAACUCCAUAUUACAGUAUAUAAGUGUGCACUGUAAAACCAUCCAGCCAUUUGACACCCUUUAUGAUGUCACGCGUUUAACUUAAAGAGACGGGUAAAGGAUCUUUACUAAUUUUUUUCUAGUAGAAAGAUGUGCGACACUGUAUUGUAACAAGUAUAGCUCCAAGUUCUAAUAUCCAAUGUAGAGUAAAAUCCAGAUUUAAAAAAAUCUGUUGAAUUACAUAUUCACUUAUCACGGUUUUUAAAGUUGACCAACAUCCCAGUUAAAACUUGAUGUAAUAGUUAAACCAGAUGAGAGCAUGAUGUUCCAUUCGUGUAAUGUGGUCUUAUUGUUGCUUGAUUGCUUUUACUUUGGUUAUUUUGUAGCUAGAAUGAUGCAAAUAUGGUAUCUAGUCAUGUUCCCUGGC